AUGGCGUCCGAGUCUUCUCAGAAAAACAAGGCCAGGCGAAAAUUGAAGAAGGGAGUCCGAGUCGACCUGGAGAAGAAUCUUGAACGAUUUGACUCACUUCCAUGGAACUCCUCGCUCCCCGAAAAUGAUGGCAGCAACUACGACCCUUACUCUGUAUUCAUUGGCUCAAACGAACUCGAAGGAGGUUUUCUAACUCUUGAAGAGAUUGAUGAAUCAGAGUACGGACUGGAAAUUCCAAAAAUUGAUGUUGAAAAUGAAAACAAGAAGGUAAAAGGAAAGGUAAAAUCAAAGAAAAGAAAGGUAAGUGAAGGUGAUGAGAAUGACAGCGCUAGUGGUGAGGCUGACGGCAAAACUGAUGGUAAGGAUGGAGGAAAGGAACUGGAGGACGAGAAGAAGGAACUGAAAUGGAAGAAGGAAAAGAAGAAACGGAAGAAGAAGAAGAAAAACAAGCAUGAAAAGAAUGAAGAAGCAAAUAAACUAAAGGAAAAUGUAGAACCAGCAGAACCAGUGUCUGUUAUUGAUGGCCAAGAUGGUGUUGAAGAGGAUCCAGUUGAUGAUGCUGAGUACUACGAAUGGAAUGAACUGAGACUUCAUCCCUUAAUUAUGAAAUCAAUAUACAGGCUUAAGUUCAAAGAGCCUACGCCAAUACAGAAAGCAUGUAUUCCUGCUGCCGCUCAUCAAGGGAAGGAUGUAAUUGGUGCCGCAGAGACAGGAUCUGGGAAAACACUUGCAUUUGGUUUGCCAAUUUUACAGCGGCUUCUUGAAGAACGGGAAAAGGUAGAUAGACUUCUGGCAGAAAAAGGAGAGGCCAAUGAGAGAAUCGCUCCAGAAAGCGUUGUACGGGCGCUCAUUGUUACUCCUACGAGAGAGCUUGCACUUCAGGUCACGGACCAUCUCAAGGAAGUAGCAAAAGGCACCAAUGUUCAUGUGGUUCCCAUUGUCGGUGGAAUGUCAACAGAAAAACAGGAAAGACUGUUGAAAGCAAGGCCUGAAAUUGUUGUUGGAACUCCAGGGAGGCUGUGGGAACUUAUGUCAGGUGGAGAAAUUCAUCUUGUAGAGUUGCAUUCCUUGUCCUUUUUUGUGCUGGACGAGGCUGAUCGCAUGAUUGAGUCCGGUCAUUUUCGUGAAUUGCAAUCAAUAAUCGACAUGCUUCCCAUUCAUAGAUCAACCGAGAGUCAACCUCAAAAUACACAGAAUUGUGUGACAGUUUCAAGCCUCCAAAGAAAGAAAAGGCAAACUUUUGUGUUUUCUGCAACUCUUGCUCUAUCUGCUGAUUUCCGGAAGAAGUUAAAGCGUGGAUCAGUGAAUUCAAAAAAAAUUGAUGGGCUCAAUUCAUUUGAAACUCUUUCUGAGAGGGCAGGAAUGAGGCCAAAUACUGCUAUAAUAGACCUUACGAAUGCAUCAAUUUUGGCUAAUAAGCUUGAGGAAUCAGUGAUUGAGUGUAGGGAAGAAGACAAAGAUGCCUAUUUAUAUUAUAUUUUAAGUGUUCACGGACAAGGUCGAACAAUUGUCUUCUGUACAUCCAUUGCUGCUUUACGCCAUAUUUCUGCCAUCCUGCGCAUCCUCAACAUUAACAUUUGGACCCUUCAUUCAGAGAUGCAGCAAAGGGCACGCCUGAAGGCAAUUGACCGGUUUCGUGCAAUUGAACAUGGCAUACUUGUCGCUACAGAUGCGGCUGCACGAGGGCUUGAUAUUACUGGUGUCCGAACAGUUGUUCAUUACCAGCUUCCACUUUCAGCUGAAGUGUAUGUUCAUAGAUGUGGAAGAACAGCUAGGGCCUUUUCUGAUGGUUGCAGCAUUGCUCUAAUUUCGCCGAAUGAUGCUUCUAAAUUUGCAGCUCUAUCCAAAUCAUUUGCAAAGGAGAGUUUCCAGCGAUUUCCUAUUGAACUCUCUUACAUGCCGGAGGUGAUUAAACGAUUAUCUCUUGCUCAUCAAAUAGACAAGAUUACUCGGAAGAAUUCCCAGGAAAAAGCCGAGAAAAGUUGGUUGGAGCGCAAUGCUGAAUCAGUUGAUUUGGUUUUGGAUGAUGAUGAUAGUGAAGAAGAGAGAGUGAAGAAACACAGGCUAAAUAAAGCCACGUCAAGUCAGUUAAAUAAGUUGCAGCAGGAGCUCAAUACACUUCUUUCGCGGCCAUUGCAACCGAAAACAUUUUCAAAGCGCUACUUGGCUGGGGCCGGUGUGUCACCUCUUCUUCAACAUCAAUUUGAAGAACUGGCGAAGCAGAAACUUGGUGAAGCAAGUAGUUUUGGCGAAAACAAAAGGCGGAAGUUGGUAGUUAUUGGUCAGGAUUGUGUAGAACCACUUCAGGCAUUGAGGAGUGCAAAUAAAGAGGCAUGCUUGGAUCUGAAAGAGAUUUCUGAAAAGCGAAAGAAUAUGGAUGACUUGAGAAGAAAGAGGAAAGAGAUGAAAAAACGUUUACAUGAACAAAGGCGAAAGCAGAGGAAAAAGAUGAAAGCCGGAAAUCAAUUAUCUUUGUCAGUUGGUGACGACAUAAUUGUUACUAGCCUGAUUAGUUCAAAUAUUUACGAUCAAGUACUGGAUUCCAAUUAA